UACGCCCUUCCUCUCUAAAAAUCACACCGAUUCACUCAUAACUUGUCUACUAUAUAUAUUCUCCUUCAACUCCUCCAUAACUUCACCAAUUCUCUCCAUAUUUUUCAGUUUUCCCAUCUUGUUCUGUCUUGUUUUUGCUCAAGACCACUCAUUCUUGAAUCUUUCUCUUGUGAGUAUCACUUAUUUUUGCUCAAAACCUCCAAAUUUCAAAUCUUUCCUUUGUUGGUCUGUCCAAAACUCCCAAAUUUCCAAUCUUUCACUUGUUGGUCUCUUCAAAACUCCCAAAUUUUCAAUCUUUCACUUGUUGGUAUUUCUUGUUUUUAGUCCAAAACACCCAAAUCUUGAAUAAAAAAAAAUUAAAAAAAAGAAUGGUGCGUUGUAGCAACAAUUUAGUUGGGAUUCUAAAUAUAGUAACUUUACUCUUAUCAAUUCCAAUUAUAGGUGGUGGUAUAUGGUUAUCAAGACAAGCAAAUACAGAAUGUCAAAGGUUUCUUGAAAAACCAGUAAUAGCAUUAGGUGUAUUUAUAUUACUAGUUUCAUUAGCUGGUAUAAUUGGUUCUUUUUGUAGAGUAACAUGGUUACUUUGGGUUUACUUACUUGUUAUGUUCUUAUUAAUUUUGUUGCUCUUUUGCUUUACUAUAUUUGCAUUUGUGGUUUCUAAUAAAGGUGCUGGUGAAAAAAUUAGUGGUAAAGGUUAUAAAGAGUAUAGAUUUGGAGAUUAUAGUAAUUGGUUACAAAAAAGAGUUGAUAAGAAUUGGAAUAGGAUACAUAGUUGUUUGCAGGAUAGUAAGAUUUGUACAAGUUUGAUUCAGGAGAGUAAUACUAAAGCUGAUGAUUUCUUCAAGAAACAUCUCUCUGCUCUUCAGUCUGGUUGCUGCAAGCCAUCAAAUGACUGUAACUUCCAGUACGUGAGCCCAACAAACUGGACGAGGUCACCGAGCUCAUCCCUUGACAAUCCAGACUGUUCUAAGUGGAGCAACGAUCCGAAUGUAUUGUGCUAUGGAUGCCAAUCCUGCAAAGCCGGGCUGCUAGACAACAUCAAGAGUGACUGGAAGAGGGUGGCUGUGCUCAACAUCAUUUUCCUCGUCUUCCUCAUCGUCGUCUACUCUAUUGGAUGCUGUGCUUUUAGGAACAACCGAGAGGACAAUUCUUGGAAGCGUUAUCAUCCUUGAAAACGCUCUUUUUAUCAGUUCUAGUGGUUUUUGUUGCGUAUCGUAUAGACUAGAUCGUUUUACUAUGAGUUUAUGCUCUUUCUUGUACAGUGUUUUUGUUCUGCUAGACAGUUACUUUGGAUUUUGGAUAUAUGUGAAUUCCUAUUAUUGAAUUUUUCGUUUAGAUGUGAUAUUUUUUAAUAGUUGCUUUGGAUCCACAGGUGUGGUUUUCUUGAUUAGAUGAGAGUUGAGACUCUUAUCUCUUCUUGAUUAGAUGUUGACUUUCAUCAAUUCAUACAUCCUUUUCAGUUGAACAAACUUGUGUUAGAUUUGUAUGGUGGAGAAUUUUGCCUCUACUUCUACCGUAAUGUCGACGGUCAUAUCUUUUUAUCUAAGGUUAUGUCCAUGUCCUCAGUUAGUUGAAGAUGUGGCAUAUCUUGUCUAUUCACCUUCCUCCGGUUCUUCUUUGACUUAUCUGUACCUCUUUUAACCUCUAUUACAUUCAACUUAUCACACCUCCUUAUUAGCGCAUCCUUCCAUCUCCUGUUCAUAUGCUCAAACCAUCUUGUCUCUUUUCCCUCAUCUUGUCCAUCAUGGAGGCCAAUUCUCUCUUUGCCCCUAAUUACUUCGUCCCUAAUCAUAUCUCUCCAACACAUUCAUCUGAGCAAUCUCAUCUCCGCAAUGUUCAUCUUUUAAACGUGGACGUUCUUGACUAGUCAACACUCUGCCUCACAUAACAAAAUUAGUCUAAUAAUCACUCUGUAAAACUCACCUAUAAGCCUUGGCGACACAUUUUUAUCGCACAAUACCUCAUAGGUGAGCCUUAAUUUCACCAUCCCGCUCUAAUACACUGUGUGACAUCAUCGCCAAUCUCCCCACCUCCUUAGAUUAUGAACUCAAAAUACUUAAAGCUCUUUCCCUUGUCUCCAUCUUCACUUCCACCUCAUGGUUUAAAAGGAUGAAGAUAUUUCUUUCUUAAAUUUUUGUUGGCUCUUACUUUCCAAGACUAACAUCAAAAGUUGACCGUUACGUUUUGUAAACUGCAGCGGGACUCACACCUCAUCCCACUCGCACAACCCAAAGUAGUUAACUCCACGCCCCACACGUCUUUGUAAACUUCUUACCCCCUUCCUCUCUAAAAAUCACACCGAUUCACUCAUAACUUGUCUACUAUAUAUAUUCUCCUUCAACUCCUCCAUAACUUCAUCAAUUCUCUUGUGAAGUUUUCCCAUCUUGUUGUCUUGUUUUUGCUCAAAAUCACUCAUUCUUGAAUCUUUCUCUUGUGAGUAUCACUUAUUUUUGCUCAAAACCUCCAAAUUUCAAAUCUUUCCAUUGUUGGUCUGUCUAAAACUCCCAAAUUUCCAAUCUUUCACUAGUUGGUCUCUUCAAAACUCCCAAAUUUUGAAUCUUUCACUUGUUGGUAUUUCUUGUUUUAGUCCAAAACACCCAAAUCUUGAAUCUUUCA